CAGGCGGGGGCCCGCGGAUCUGCAGGGCGAGGCGCGAAGCUCUUGUCCUUGGCCGGCGCGUCCAGGUCGAUCCGCGGCAUCACAGUUCGAGGCUGGGACAGUCCUGAUGGAGUGCCGGACAUCGAUUUGUCAAUACUCUGCGGCUUGGAUCUGGAGGUCGGCGGAUUUCCGCGGCGACUCUGUGCACGUUGGUCACAUUCCAGCCUGUUGGAGCUCCAUGACCAACCUGCAGAACUUUUACUGCACAAGCUGCAUGAUGACGUCGCCGCCAAAGGCUCUCGCUGGCCUUCGCUCCCUCAAGUCUUUCGUGGCCUUUGGCCAGUCAGAGUUUAGCCCAUGCCUUCUGAAGAAGCUAUCGAAAAAUAUGAGUCGUUGCAGAGUGACUUGGGAGACGAAGAACUUGUUCCGGACAGAUUCCGAAAGCCCGAUGUUUUCUUGUCCUGAGUUUUCUUACGCAUUCCCCUUUGCUGAGUUCGUGCGUUUGGGUUGGUCCAGCCUCGAAAAGCUAUGGUUGGACGGCAACUUCCUCACUGGAGCCAUCCCUGAGAAUCUUCCAGAUGUCUGGCCAUCACUCCAGUCCCUAGACCUUUACGAUAAUAUGAUGGAGGGCACCAUUCCAGAGUCUUUGGCGAGACUGGAUCUUGUGAAGCUCCAGUUGCAGGGCAACAAUUUCAGCGGCAUCUUGCCCCCCAGCCUCGCAACAAAGCUCACUUUGGAGACGCAUGCUUGGAAUGUCGCCGCGAAUCCAGAGCUGCAAGGUUGCUUAGCAACACAUGGCGUAGCAGGGACGAAGAUCACCAAGUGCCACGAAGACUUGUGAUGAUCGCUGCAAUGCCACAUGUGCGUUGAAUUCCUCGCUAUUGGGCCAUCGGGCUUGGGCUCGGCCCGUUUCAUCAGGGUUGUCUCGUCAGUUGUAUUCGCCUCUUGCUGUCGAUACGUACUUUUUCAUUGCGCAUGUGCAGCUUGCGGAGUUAUGGAAUGUUUCUGUGUCCGCACCAGCGUUGCACAGCGAGAUUUACUGUUUCUUAUGUAGUACGUCUGACGCUUCUCAGAUGGAGGUUGUUCCGCUCAUCGUUUUCAUUUUUUGUUGUUAUCGUUCUCUCUCUCUCUCUCUCUGCCCUCCAUGCUCUCGGUUCCCGUCUCCGCCAUCUGGUCCGCACUUCCGUCUGCACUGCCUCGCCGAGUUGCGCUUGGGUUCCGCUCCCAUCCCGCCUCCUCAAACAUGCCGUCAGGAAGCACAGCCAGACGUUUGGCGAUGUGCUGUGUCGUCGUGGAUGUCAUUGGGAUCUCCUUCCUUGGGGCUCCAGG